AUGCUUCAAUUUCGAAUUUUAGACGGAGUUUGUAGCAGCAUAAUAGACCUGGCCUCUAUUCCUGCCGUUUUUUUCGAGGCUAGCUUUUCAUUGAAAGACAACAAAGUCUGGAGUGCCGUGGUGCCAACCACCUCGUCACAUACAUUUCGGCCAGAUAAAUCAGGAAUACUUCAUCAUAUGCCUACGACCGGCUCGAUUUGGCUAGAACAUUCGACCUUUCGUCGUCAUAUUCCGUCAGAACUGCGCCAGAAACAGUUUUCACAGUUCCAUGCUUGUCAUGAACGCCUGACACAGUGUCUUGACACCGUAGAAUUGGAGAUCGUAAAACAGGUGAUCAUUAGGCGGCUUUAUUUACACUGA